GGGCAGGAAGUGAGGAGGCGGGGCUUCUGCGGUGGUGCGUACGCCUGCGCACAGGUCUGCACGGAGUCGUCGCUUUCGCCGCCGCUAGGAUAACCAAGCAAAAGAAAGAUGGCGUUCAUCUAUGGACUGCAGUCUGCUACGAGAAAUUAUGUUUUCUUUAGACUUAGUUCACUGGCCAAUUGGAGAAAAUGUAACACAUUAAGUGUGAGCUCACCGGGCUGUCAUCGAGUACAAAUGAACUAUAUAGUAAAUAAGUAUCAGGGGCUGAGAGUAAAUCAGUGUGAUAGUUUUACUUUUCUGCCUGGAAACUUUCAUUUCUGUAGGACUUUUAAUAACAAAAGAACAGGAUUCCUCAAGAGUACCAGAAGUAUGGACAGUUGGAGGAUUACCUGCAAAUGUCCUGCUUGGAAUAACUCUUCCCCAAGACGGGUACUGCUAAAUGAAGUUGCAGUACUUCCGGCCUUUUCAGUAUUGCACCCUCUAAACUGUUUUCCCACGAGAGAGAUCAGAAGUUUCCACACUUCGCCAUGUUUUCAAGCUGCUCCAGUCCCUCUCUUGUUGAUCAUUCUUAAGCCUGUGCAGAAACUAUUUGCGAUCAUUGUAGGCAGGGGCAUAAGGAAAUGGUGGCAGGCACUUCCUCCUAACAAGAAGGAACUAUUUAAAGAAAGUGUGAGGAGGAAUAAGUGGAAGUUAUUCCUUGGUUUGAGUACUUUUGGAUUGCUAUUCAUAAUGUUUUAUUUUACUCACCUGGAAGUGAGUCCAAUCACAGGAAGGAGCAAGCUGCGUCUAUUGGGGAAAGAACAUUUCAGAUAUUUAUCAGAACUGGAAUAUGAAGCAUGUAUGGAAGAAUUUAAAAAUAAUAUGCUAACUGAGAAGGACAUAAGAUACCUGACUGUUAAAGAAGUGUUUUGUCAUCUGAUUGAAUGCAAUGGAGAUAUCCCGGGGGUCUCUGAGAUCAGCUGGGUUAUUCAUGUGGUUGAUAAGCCAGGUACAGAUGCAUUUGUGCUUCCAAAUGGACAAGUGUUUGUUUUCACUGGGCUUCUAAAUAGUGUGACUGAUACUCAUCAACUUUCCUUCCUUCUGGGCCAUGAAAUAGCUCAUGCAGUACUUGAGCAUGCUGCAGAAAAGGCUAGCUUUGUUCAUUUAUUGGAUUUCCUAGGUCUGAUUUUUCUUACAAUGAUUUGGGCCAUUUGUCCUCGGGAUAGUUUGGCAGUUUUGGGCCAGUGGAUACAGUCUAAAUUGCAGGAGUUUAUGUUUGCUAGACCAUACAGUAGAACACUGGAGGCUGAGGCUGACAAAAUUGGACUACUACUUGCUGCAAAGGCUUGUGUGGAUGUCAGAGCCAGUUCAGUAUUUUGGCAGCAGAUGGAGUUCGUAGAUAGACUCUCAGGUCUCCCCAAGUUGCCAGAAUGGUUAUCCACACAUCCUUCUCAUGAAAAUCGAGCUGAGCACUUGGAUAGACUUAUACCUCAGGUUCUUAAAAUUAGAGAGAUCUGUAAUUGCCCACCACUUUCUGAACCAGACCCUCGAUUACUAUUCAGACUCAGCAUGAAGCAUUUUCUUGAAGAAUCACAGAAAGAAGACUUAAAUAUCACUGUUAAGAAACAGAAAACGAAUACUCUUCCUGUUGAAAAGCAGGAGCAAAUACCAUUGACACACAUAGUUGAGAAAAGAACUAGCAACUGAAUUACAUUUUAUGAGACACAGGGUAUAUGAAGAAUGCAGCAAUCCUUGUCAUGUUAUGUUACUUUUUAAAAAAUGGUGUUUGAAAUGAAAAAAAAAAAAAGAUACUCAGGGUCAAAUCAUGUAUAUUAUAGAUAUUAUCUUAAUUCUUUUACUAUGUAUUUUUUCAUGAAAUAUUGAUGUAUUUUAAUGUUUUAAAAUAUCUUCAAUGAGGGAAAUAUCACAGAAUAAAUUUAUAUUAUACAUUUUACUCUGUCUCAUACUUGCUUUUGAUUUGGAAGACAGCCCCUAGUGGAUGAGAAAUAAGAAGGUACAGUAAUUAUCAUUGUAGAGAUGGUCCCAUCUAAACUGCUUUUCAGAGUCUAGGUGGCUACGAUGAACUGGAAAACCGACAGUCUGAAGGCAUCUGUUUGCAGGAUUUGGUUUGCAUUGGGUGGGGUUCUGUGAAAGGGGACCCUUGGAAUAGAGAAUUCCCCAGUCCUCACCCAUGGAUUAUGAAGGAAAAAUGUGACAGGUAGAAGCUGAAGAAGUUGUUUUCAUGGGGAAGCACAAGUAGUGCUGUUUGUGGCCCAAGUGACAAAGUAAGAAAAUAGGGGGACGGGCAUUUCCAUGUAAACACAGUAUGGUUCUGGUGUAGUGAACUCUUAACAGAAGGCCGGGUCAUCUUGGCUUCUUCAAGGUUUUUUGCAGUUUGGAAAUCUCAGGGAUUCUCAUGGAAGAAAACACCCUGUUUUUGUCGAGAGUACCACCAGAGAGGCAGGGGCAAGAUGCUGCCCCCAUGUUCUCCUUGGGCAGCAGACAUCAGCAGAGGAGCAGGAGGAAGAUGAGAGAAGUGGCACAGGGAACAUUCCCAGGGACAUCCAGAAAUUACUACUGUGUUAUGUAUAGUAAUAAUAUUUGUAUUCCAAAACUGGUGAGGCCUAGUGAUGUUUAGGCUACAUUCCUAAGAGGGACGCUUUUCUUGAAACCAUUACAUUAAGUAAAUAUUUUCUUAGAGAAUUAAACAGGAAGGAAACUACCUUUUAUAGAGUUGCUACUAUAAGCUGGACCCUGUGUUGGUUUCAUUUAUCCCACAACCUUAUGAGAUAGGUGUUAUUCUCAUUUUGCAAUGAGAAACAGACUUAGAGCGGUUAAAUAAUAUACCCAGGGUCUCUUAGAAAGAGCAAUAUGAGGUCUAUUAGACUACGAAGCUGCCCGUUUUUCAUUACUGUCACGUAUCUAAGUCUAAGCUAUUAAAAGGAACAAAGGCUUAUCAACUAUUUGUUAGCUUCUUCAUGUAUGGCUUCAAUACAAGUAGAAGUCUCAUAAAAUUGGAGACCACUUGUGUUGUCUGCAGGAUGAUCAGUUCCAGGUUAAGGCAGGUUCAGUGUAAUGAAUUCCUUAAUGUGGCCCUUCUAGCCAUGAUCUUUGUGACUCACACACAAUGAUUGAGUGAGACUGUGCAGAGAAGGUAUAUGGAACCUGUGAUGGUUGGGGUUGUGUGUCAGUUUGUCUAAGCCGUGAUUCCCAUUAUUGUUUGGUUGUCCUCCAUUUUGUGUGUUGUGAAUUCUGACCUCUACAUAUUGAUGAGGCAGGAUUGGUGUAGCGUGUGUCUUAGCUACCCAUGAUGUAACUUCUUUUUAAAUGCAACUAUAAUAUUAGCAAUUGAACUCAAAAGUGGUGUAUGCCAUGUUAGUGGAAUGAGAUGAACUGGAUUAUAAAUUUUUUAGUGGUUAUGAGGUACUAAGAUUUUUACUAUAUACCACAUUUUCUAUAAAAAGAAUGUUCCACAUAUUCUACAGCAAAGAAAAUGAGUCCGUGAACUGAACUGUUUCAACAAUCAGUGUAAAAUUCUGUUGAUCUCCUGCAAUGAAAAAUUGACUUUACCAAUUUUGCUUUAAAUAGCUCAUACUUCAGUUUUGAUGCUUGUUUUGUAAUAAAUGCUAUAAUUGCAAAUGAAAAGAUGUCAUAAAAGAAAAUUUAAUCAUCAGAAAACAAAUAUUACAAUAAAUUAUUUUUAGAUCUUUCAUCUUUAACAUGUUAUAAUUAAAAACAUUUCUUUUUAUUCUGUGCUCUUACAAAUUUUUCAAUGAUGUCAUCACAAGCUGCCAAACAAUACCUACUUCCACGCAUUAUAAGGAUAAUGAAUGGAGCCUCUUGAAUCAUUGUUGUGUGCUUGCUUUUCCUUGUGUCCUGCUUGGCAUCUCGGGUUCUUCGCUUGGACAACUGGUGCCCCUGCUUUGUUGAUGCCCUAAGCAUGUGCUUACCUUGCUUCCUGGGUAAUCCAUCCCUGAGGAUGAUUUUCUAGGGCCCCUUCUCGCUCCGAUGCUUCUAUCAAAAUUGACAUGAAAAACCUGGGGCCAGGCAGGGUUAGAGUCUCUCCCUACCUGUGAGAGCCUGUGAGCUCUCAUCUGGAAUGUGUCCUGGCACUGUUGAAUUUCCUUAGACAAAAUAUUUACCUAGUUGUUAAGAAGAUGGGUUCAGAGCCUUUUUAUGUAUUUCAGGACUUACUACAUAGAUUGCUUGUAAGGUAUUUCUUGAUCGGUGUGCAAGACAACACUUGCAAGGAGAAGGUUCAGAUUAACUGUUCUCCACACAGUCAUUCUUUACAUUCCUAGUGACGAGUUUUGUAAGAGGCACUCGACAACAUGUAAAGACACUUUGAGAAUGUCACCUGGAGGUAAACAGUAAAAUGCACCGUUAGACUUCCCUGCAGAUUUCCUAGUAAAAUGGCAAAGUGGAAACCCUAGUCUAUUUUCCCUUCCAUCCCAUUGUCACAUCUAAUUGUGUUGUUGAGACUUACUGGAAAACAUACCAGUUGACAUCAUGUCAGAAAGAGCAGAGAUAAUACAGAAAUAAUAUCUUUAUAGUAGGUAUGAAAAAGUUUUUUUGUUUUUUUGGGUGGUGGUGGUGAUUUUUUUCCUUAACCCAUGGAAUCAAUAACACCAAAAGAAAUGUUACAUUUCAGCGCAAGGUUUUAGAAAUGAAAUGGCAGUUCCAAAGCAGUACAUAUACAUGUAUUUACAUCUUAUAUGGAAACAACCUCUCUGUAUGUUCUGUAUUGUCAGUUUUUCUCUGUGCCGGUAAGAUUUAGAUGUUGGCUGGGCUCAGUUGUUACGAGCAUGUAGUAAUAAAGACAAGGCAGAAACUCAAUCUAAUCUCUUCUAUAAUCCAGAUAAUUGUAAGACUGUAUACUCAAACUAAGCUCAGAGAGUAGGGACUGUGUGUAUUUAUUGCUAUAUCCCUAGUAUCUAGCAGUUCUUGGCACACUGUAGGCAUUCAAUUAAUAUUUUACUGACACCCCACACUCAACAUCAAUCAUCUGGUCAAAGGAUCAAACAAUUAAAAAGACAAUCAUACUUUAUGAAAUUUCUGCUUCUUGAUAGCUGUAGGACCUUAGAAAAGUCACUUAAAUUCUCUAACCCUCAUUUUUUCCUUUGUAAAGUGGUAACAAAUUCUACCUCAGAGUUUGAUGCAAUGAUUAAGUAAAAUGAUAUAUUUAAAGCAUUUAGCACAAUGUCUAGAGCUCCAAACAACAAAAAUAGCUACCAUUUAUUGAAUGCUUACUUUGUACCAGGCACUAUGCUAAGCAUUUUUCUAGUGUUAUCGAACCUCACUGCAGCCCUGUAAUAUGAUAGGUAUUGUUAUCUCCAUAUUAUAGAUCAGGAACUGAAGUUUAGAAGGGUAAUGAAACUUGCCCAAGGUUACACAGUAUGUUUAUUAAGAUUGUUUCGCUUGGAAGAACAGAAAACCCCAAACUCAGUCAAGAGAACUUAACGGCCCCACCUAAGAGAAAAUUGUGUUAGCUUAGGGUAUAAUUUAAUCCAAAGGAUCGUGGUUAUCAUCAGAGCAAUGGCUCCUUUCCUCUGUAAUUUUCUUAGCUCUGGCUUCCCUCUUCCCUGAUGAUACUGAGAAGGCAGCCAGUAGCUUGUGAGUUACGUGUUACUUGAUCCGCAUCCAGGUGGGAAAAGUGACUUACCUCACAACUAUUGAACCCUCAACACUAAUUGUACCAUGUAAUGAGUACCCUUGAAGCAACACUAUGACAGGGGAUGGAAAGAUCUUGAUUGGCUUGGACUUCUCAGGACCCAGCAUAAGCGAGGAUGGCUACCGCAUGAUGGUAGGGUCUAUCACAAUAAGUACCAGACCUGGAAUUAAAACUCAUUACAUUUACCCUCUUUCAGUGGGCAAAGAAACAAGAUAAUUCCUUGAAGAUAUGAUCGGAAAUGAGGCUUCAUUUGAGCAAAAAUAAUAUAGCAUAAGUUUUAAGUUGGUGUGAUACUAAAUUUCCAUUAACAUCAUUGCUUUAUCAUUUAUAAGGUAUUUUUUAACUUGAAUGAAUCUCGUAUCCUCAAAACCAACCUAGAGAUUGGCAAGUGGUGUUAUUCAUAGGGGAGAAAACUAAAGCUUGGAGGAAUUAAGCAAGUUACCCAAGUAUGCACUUCAAGCAACUGGCUGAACUGGGAUUAGAACUGAAGGAUUUAUUGAUUUGUAAUUUAGUGCUCUUUCUGCAAUAGCACAUUGUUUGGAGAGGGAGAGAUAUUAUCUCCAUUUUUUAUCUGGAAGUGGAAGCUUAAAGAUAUUACAUGUGUGUCCAGCGCAGCUGACCUCUUAAUGGCAGAACUGAAUUCAAACCCUCGUCUUUUAACUCCAAAGCCUGUGCUCUUCAUCUCUUUACCGCCAUUUCAGUUGACAAGUCUCAUAAAGGAAAUGAGAAGUACUGAUUUCCCCUCACCCCUCACUUGUGAACGGCAAACCCAAUGCCCUCUUUUUCCUUAUUUAAAAGCAUUUUAAGCAUAUUCACACACGUGAAGAAUAAAAUUCCUGUUAAUCACCUCAAAGUAUAUUUUUGGGUGGAGCAAACUGUUAAGCAUUGGGCUACUAGCUGAAAGGACGGUGGUUCAAAUCCACCCAGAGGUGACUCAGAAGACAGGCCUGGCUAUCUGCUUCUGAGAGGUCAUAGCCUUGAAAGUCCUUUGGAGUAGUUCUACUCGGCACAUAUGGGGUCGCCAUGAGUCAGAAUCGACUCCUUGACAACUAACAAUAACAACAACAGAGAGUUAUUUAAUCUGUGGUGAGAAAUACCUCCCACUUCAUUACUGGAAAGAAAACCCUAUCUGUGUUUUUUCUACCCCCUUUACACCUUGCCCCUUAACUUCCAUCAGAAAACCACAACCUUCAAAAUUAGGCCAGUGAUUCCCAGCCAUUACAUCACCAAGGACUCCUUUCACACUACCUGGAUCUGUGCACAAGGAGUUUUACACAACAAAGUUCUCUCUGUCUUCAAGCUGGAGUGUCUCUUCACUCACGAUCAGGGUCCAUCUCUGUGCUGGCUGCUUAGGGGUUGGGAUCACCGGGCCUGGGUCUAAGUCAGUGUGGUCCUGUUUCCAGGUCUCAGAAUUUCUGUGAUAUCAUCAAAGACAAAUCAGGGCCUCUGAUCAUCAUGUGAUUUCUGGCAUUGCCAAAAUAAAAGUAAUUUGUGAUUUUAAUUAGUCUGGAUGGCCUUAUUAUGUGAGAGAAAAUAGAAAAGUUUUAGUUUUGCUCUUUGAAAUAGUAUUGUUGGUGGACUCCCAGUGCCAUCUUCACAGACUCCAAGGGGCCUGGGACAUCAUCCUUGGGCAGCACUAGUCUAAAAUCAAAUUUCCUUUUUUUUUUUUAAGGAUAUAAAGAAAGUAAAAC